UUGGACCAUCACCAAGACACCAACCUAACUUCUAUAGUAAAACUCCCUAAUUUAUAAGUUAUAUACAUGUUGUAAUUUUUAGUACUAUAUAUAAACACGCAUAAAUUAAAAUCUUCAAACCUCUCUCUUCCAUACUCUGAGCAAAAGAAAACAAAAACUUGCUAAUUUUAAUGCAUAGUAGUUUGUGCUGAUCAAUAAGCCAUACUGUCAACUUGUUUGAUCUAACUGCACAUAAAUAAAGAGCUAGUGCAAUAUUUGGUCAGGCAAUUUUAUCCACGUACUACUAGUGUAGUAGUCACUUAGAUCAAAAAAUGUGGAGGUUGAAAGUAGGAGAAGGUGCAAAUGACCCUUAUUUAUACAGUACUAAUAACUUUGUUGGGCGUCAAACUUGGGAGUUUGAUCCCAACUAUGGCACUCCAGAAGCUAUUGAAGAGGUGGAACAAGCUCGACGUAACUUUUAUGAUAAUCGUUUCAAAGUUAAGCCUUGUGGUGAUCUCCUAUGGCGUCUUCAGUUUCUAAGAGAGAAAAACUUCAAGCAAACAAUACCUCAAGUUAAGGUUGGUGAUGAAGAGGAGAUCACAUAUGAAACUGCAACGACGACGUUGAAAAGAGCUGUGAAUUUCUUUACAGCCUUACAGUCUGAACAUGGCCAUUGGCCUGCUGAAAUUGCUGGCCCUCAAUUUUUCCUUCCUCCCUUGGUUUUUUGCUUAUACAUUACAGGACAUCUAAAUUCUGUUUUUGGACCAGAACAUCGUAGAGAAAUUCUUCGCAGCAUUUACUAUCAUCAGAAUGAAGAUGGAGGUUGGGGAUUGCAUAUUGAAGGACAUAGCACAAUGUUUUGUACGGCACUUAAUUACAUUUGCCUGCGAAUGCUUGGAAUUGGACCAGAUGAAGGUGAUGACAAUGCGUGCCCUAGAGCUCGUAAAUGGAUACUUGAUCAUGGUAGCGUUACUCAUAUCCCUUCUUGGGGAAAAACUUGGCUCUCUAUACUUGGUUUGUUUGAUUGGUCUGGAAGUAAUCCAAUGCCGCCUGAAUUCUGGAUCAUACCUUCUUUUCUUCCUAUGCAUCCAGCAAAAAUGUGGUGUUACUGUCGAAUGGUUUAUAUGCCAAUGUCAUACUUGUAUGGGAAGAGGUUUGUAGCUCCAAUCACCCCUCUCAUUGAACAACUUCGAGAGGAACUCUACGACGAACCUUAUCAGCAAAUUAGUUGGAAGAAAGUUCGUCAUUUGUGUGCACCGGAGGAUCUUUACUAUCCUCAUCCAUUAAUCCAAGAUUUAAUGUGGGAUACUCUUUACAUCUUUACGGAGCCUUUCCUUACUCGUUGGCCUCUAAACAAGUUGAUUCGGAAGAAAGCUUUGGAGGUUACAAUGAAGCACAUACAUUAUGAAGACGAAAACAGUCGAUACAUAACCAUUGGAUGUGUGGAAAAGGUUUUGUGUAUGUUGGCGUGCUGGGUGGAAGAUCCUAAUGGGGAUCAUUUCAAAAAACAUCUUGCUAGAGUCGCUGAUUACAUAUGGAUUGCGGAAGAUGGGUUGAAAAUGCAGAGUUUUGGAAGUCAAGAAUGGGAUUGUGGAUUUUCCGUGCAAGCAUUGCUAGCUUCAAAUCUUAGUCUCGACGAAAUUGGCCCUGCUCUUAAAAAAGGCCACUUCUUCAUUAAAGAGUCACAGGUGAAGGACAAUCCAUCCGGUGACUUCAAAAGUAUGCACCGUCACAUAUCAAAGGGAUCAUGGACUUUCUCCGAUCAAGAUCAUGGUUGGCAAGUCUCUGAUUGCACUGCUGAAGGCCUUAAGUGUUGCUUAAUCUUAUCAACAAUGCCACCGGAAAUUGUUGGAGAAAAGAUGGACCCUGAGCGCCUUUUUGAUUCUGUCAAUGUCUUACUUUCUCUACAGAGUAACAAAGGGGGGCUAGCUGCGUGGGAGCCAGCAGGGGCUCAAGAAUGGCUGGAGCUUCUUAACCCAACAGAAUUCUUUGAAGACAUCGUUGUUGAGCAUGAGUAUGUAGAGUGUACAGGUUCAGCAAUUCAAGCUUUAGUAUUGUUCAAGAAGUUAUACCCAGGCCACAGAAAAAAAGAGAUCGAAAAUUUCAUAACAAAUGCAGUCAAGUUUCUUGAGAACACUCAAUAUCCUAAUGGAGGAUGGUAUGGAAAUUGGGGGAUUUGCUUCAUAUAUGGGACAUGGUUUGCGCUUGGAGGGCUAGCAGCAGCUGGCAAAACUUACUACAAUUGUGCUGCUAUUAGGAAGGGUGUCGAAUUUUUGCUCACAACACAAAAGGAAGAUGGUGGUUGGGGUGAGAGCUACAUUUCAUGUCCAAAUAAGGAAUUUGUGCCACUAAAGGGAAAGUCGAACCUUGUUCAAACUGGAUGGGCUUUGAUGGGUCUACUUCAUGGUGGCCAAGUGGAGAGGGACCUCACUCCUCUACGUCGUGCAGCAAAGCUUUUGAUCAAUUCACAACUAGAAAAUGGUGAUUUCCCUCAGCAGGAAAUUACAGGAGUAUUCAUGAAGAAUUGCAUGUUACAUUAUCCAAUGUAUAGGAAUAUCUAUCCACUUUGGGCACUUGCAGAAUACAGGAAGCGUGUACCAUUAUCUUCUUCUAUGAGUUCAGUCUAAAUAAAAAGUUUAUAUCUUAUUAGCAAGCUAGAAAUAUUACAAUACUUUUUUCAUUUCAUAGUUUCCAAUAAUUUUGAUUUUAGGGUUGUAAUCAUGUAAAGUUGUCCUUUUGAAUAAGAUGCAUAAGUUUAAAAGAAUAAAUAAAGUACCUUAUGUUUUAAUA